AUGACAACCUACCACGGUAUAGGAAUCAUGUCGGGUACAUCGCUGGAUGGCCUUGACCUCUGCUUUGCUGAAUUCACCGGCGACUCGGAGACUGAUAUCUGGGGAUACAGGAUUGAACACGCGGCUACUGUACCUUACAACAGGGACAUGCAGGAACGGCUGGCAAAUGGCAUCGGCUUGUCAGGAAUUGAUUUGAUCAAACUACAAAGUGACUACAGCCAUUUUGUUGGACAGUGUGUACAAAAGUUUAUAGACAGCAAAGAUCUGCGACCAGAUUUUGUGGCCUCCCACGGCCAUACUGUCUUUCAUCAGCCAGAGAAUGGUGUCACAUUACAAUUGGGAGAGGGCGAGAUCAUCUCUACAUAUAUAGGGUGCCCAUUCGUGUGCAACUUCCGGACCAAAGAUGUAGCCCUGGGAGGCCAGGGGGCACCACUUGUUCCGUGCGGGGAGCGCUUUCUCUUCCAGCAGACGGACAUGUGUAUCAACCUUGGUGGCAUUGCCAAUGUCGGUUGCAAGGGAGACAAAGGCUUUGAUGUGUGCCCUUGUAACAUGUUGCUAAACCAUCUCGCAACUCUCCACGACCCUGACCUGCAGUUUGACCGCAAUGGUCAGCUGGCAGCGACUGGUCAAGUGUUGCCUGAUGUCCUGGAGCAGCUUGACCAGCUGGACUUCUACCAGCAGAGGGGACCCAAGUCACUGGGCUAUGAGUGGGUGUCCCAGAAUCUGCUGCCAUUACUUAAGACAGACCAACAUUCAAUCCCAGAUCUGCUGCAGACUUGUGUGGAGCACAUCUCACAACAUGUCUCAGAUGCUUGUGUCAAAGCCAUCAACAAAAGUCACGGCACUGUCCUUGUAACAGGGGGCGGAGCCUACAACUGCACUCUCAUAAAUAAUUUAAAAGCAAAACUGAAGAAACAUAACAUUAAGAUUGUAGACACAGAAAAUGAGCUGGUGGAGUACAAAGAAGCCCUAAUUUUUGCUUUCCUUGGCUUGCGAUCACUUCUGAAUGUGGAGAAUGUCUUCUCCUCAGUAACCGGCAGCAGGGCAAACACAGUUUCCGGCAGCAUUCACCACGGGACUCUGGGACACAACAAACCCAGCCUUCAGGACAGGUUCAAUUUUAUGAUCCGGAAGAGGAGUAGUGGCGUUAAUGAACUGAGAAUUAUUAAAGAGAAAUAA